AUGUACACUCACACCCCCAACGCCCGCUUCCUCGUCCUUUCUGCCGAUAGCUCGGCUCCUUUCAACCCGGAGAACAAGUUCCUCGUGCUGUCUCCCACUGAGUCCGGGCCUGACCCCCGUGCCUUUGAAGAGGCCGUGAGCGAGUCCAACUCUGCCGACUUGGCUCUCCAAGAGCACCACCGCUCCAACAGCUCUUCAUCUACCUCGUCGGUGGACUCUCAGUUCAGUGACAUCGCCACCCUCCCUAGUGGCUUCCUCUUCUUGGGUCACCCCAACAAGGGUCGAAAGGGCUCCCAGUGA